AGUGGUAAGUCACUCGCUUGUCCGCUGCUAACCGGGAUACUCGUGGACUAGAAAGAGCCGGAUCGAACCCCGAACCACAUGGCCCAGUCGUCUCGUGCUUCCUGCUCCCCGGUGUGGCCGAUGUGGCUGGUGUCGCGGCUGCUGCUGCUCUUCUGCUAUGCGCUCCGGGAAGCCGGUGGGGAUAUAGCUGUGCACGUGCCCUUCAAUUCGACCGGCUUCUUGGGAGGGUCUACCGUAUUGCACUGUAGCCUGGUUUCUGACGACAACGUGACAGUCACUCAAAUAACAUGGAUGAAGAAGAAUCCAGACGGAUCCCACCCCUCUGUGGCGGUCUUCCACCCUAAGAGGGGGCCCAACAUCGUUGAGCCAGAGAGGGUGAGAUUCUUGGCAGCCAAGCAGGACAAGGAUCUGCAGAAUGCAUCUCUGGCCAUCUCGAACUUGGGUGUAAAAGACGAAGGCAUCUAUGAAUGUCAGAUUGCCACCUUCCCCAGAGGCAGCAGGAGCGCCAAUGUCUGGCUGACAGUGCUCGCCCCACCUAACAACACUGCAAAGGCCCUGGAGCCCUCUCCCACCUUGACGCUGCAGGAUGUGGCUAAGUGCAUCUCUGCUGACGGUCACCCUCCUGCACGAAUCUUUUGGUCCUCGAAUGUGAAUGGAAGCCACCGUGAAAUGAAGGAACCAGGGUCCAAGCCGGGCACCGUCACAGUUACCAGCUACUACUCCAUGGUGCCUUCUCGCCAGGCAGAUGGCAAGAACAUCACCUGCAGGGUGGAGCAUGAAAGCUCCCAGGAGCCGGACCAGGUGUCUGUGAUCCUGUCCCUACGCUAUCCACCUGAAGUGUCCAUCUCUGGCUAUAACGAGAGCUGGCACAUUGGCCUCACCAACGUGUUCCUGACCUGUGAAGCUCGCAGCAAACUAGCGCCCCACAGCUAUGAAUGGAACACGACCACGGGGAAAUUACCCGACACUGCAAAGCCUCAGGACGAGGGCAAACGACUUCUAAUCUCCACCUUGGUUGGUCUCAAUAACACGAUCUUUGUGUGCAAAGCCACCAAUGCCCUAGGGUCUGGGCAGGGCCAACAAUACAUCCUCGUUCAAGAGGCACCUGAGAAGAGCUUAGGCACAGGCUACAUCAUUCUCAUCGUCCUUGUUGUCCUCGUCCCCGGGAUCGUACUCAUUGCAGUCUGCGUAUGCAAGCGUCGUUGUUGUCUGCAGUCCAGGCCCUCUGCGAACGUAAACAUCCAGUAUUCAUCUGCGAACGGUGUCUCUAUCCAGAACGAGGAGUCAAACAGCAUGACGUGACGGUGCUGGGGUAGACAGAACUAAGGAACUUGAAGACUUAACAACUGGACCUCUACUCCCAUAAAUGAAGAAUCCUCCAGAGAGACUGGCCGCCCAGUGUGAUGAGCGUAGCAAGUUUGGGGAGUCUCCCAGGAUGCUGCCGAAUUCCACGUUGUCAAAGGGACUCAUGGAACCCAGUGUGUGGCUCACACUUGACAUCUUGGCCAGCUUGGGGGACAGAAAGCAAGGUUAAGUCUCGCUUGGGUUAUAGAGCAAAGCCCUGGCUACACAAAGACAAGCUAACGGGCUUUGAGACGGUCAGAAACUGAAGUCUUUCUUUGGGUAAGGUAAAUCUUCUACCUCAUGUAUGUGCUAGACUUGAAAGACUUCCACCCUGUGAUUCAACUGCACACUCUCUUUAUAAAUUGACUCACUUGGGGCUAUCCCCUCUCUCCUCUCUGGACAAAAUCUCAGUAUGUAGCCAAGGCUAGGCUCAAACUCACAGAGAUCCGUCUUCCUCUACCUCCCCAAUGCUGGAGUUAAAAGUGUGUGUGCCACUGCAGUUUUCUAGGUCUUCUUUUUGAUGAAGUAAAUUAUAUAUUUAUAAAAAGCUAUAUAGUUAGUUACAUAUAUAUAUAUAUAUUUUUGAGACUAUUUCAUAGAGCACAAACUAACCUCAAACUUACUACGUAGCCAAGAAUGAUGGUAAACUAACUUAUUUUAAUUUAUUUGUCUUCAAGUUUAAAUAUAGCCCAGCCCCUUCCCUCUCGUCUCUCACUCCAUUCCGUCUUCUUUUUCUUCCCAGAUGCUAUUCUGAUUUAUGUCUUAAUUGCAAACAUUUUAUUGAGCUACUCAAAAAUGUGUGAACCACAAAUGAAAAAAGAAAGUUUGUAUUUGUCAAAA